AUGGUUUGGGUAACAUUUUUGAAACAUAAAUCAGAAGCCUUUGAACGUUUCAAAAUUUUCAGGAAGAUAGUAGAAAGAGAAACUGAUUUAAAACUGAAAUGCUUAAGAUCAGAUAGAGGAGGAGAGUUUACCUCUCAAGAAUUUAUUGAGUAUUGUGAAAGACGAGGUAUAAAAAGACAAUACUCUACUGCUAGAACACCUCAACAAAAUGGGGUUGUAGAGAGAAAAAAUAGAACUGUCAAGGAAAUGGCCAGGACUAUGUUAAACGAAGCAAAGUUGCCUGACAAGUUCUGGAAAGAAGCUGUUCAUACAGCUGUCUAUAUUUUAAAUAGAGCUCAAAUCAGAAUUAGGACAGCUUAUACACCAUAUGAAUUAUGGUAUGGGAAAACAACAAAUGUUAAGAAUUUUAAAAUAUUUGGUUGCAAAUGUUUUAUCAGAAAAAAUGAUGAUUCUCUAGAAAACUUUAACUCAAGAUCUGAUGAAGGGAUUUUUCUUGGGUAUUCUACACAUAGCAAAGCAUAUAAAUGCUAUAAUAAAAGGCUGAACAAAAUUGUAGAAGCCAUAAAUGUUAUGUUUGAUGACACAUCUGUAUGCUGUAAUGACAAAGAAGAAUAUGAAAGUUUAUCUUUUCAAGAAUCAGAGAGUUUUCAUAAUGAAAAUCAUGAACAAGAUAAAGUUGAAACUGAUGAUGAAGAUGAACUUGCAGGAAGAAUAGAAUCAGAAAAUAGUCCCAAUUCUAAAAUCACUAGUGAUGGAUCAAAGAUAAAAACAUCUUCUAGAAUAAUAGCUAAGAGACAUCCUGAGUCUCAAGUUAUUGGUGAUAUUGAUAAAGGAAUUUUGACUAGAAGAAAAGCCAAAAUAGGAGAACAAGUAAAUAUUGCUGAACAGUUUUGUUUGAUAGCAGAUUUUGAACCAAAGAAUGUAACUGAAGCUCUAUCAAAUUCUAGUUGGCAAAAUGCUAUGCUAGAUGAAAUAAAUCAGAUAGAGAAAAACAAGACUUGGGAACUUGUUCCCAGACUUGAUGAUAAAAAUAUUAUUGAAGGUUUCAAAUCUUCUGACAAGCCUGAUUAUGUUCUUCGUCUCAAAAAGGCCUUAUAUGGUUUAAAACAAGCUCCUCGAGCUUGGUAUUCCAGAUUAGAUAAACAUCUAAUUGCAAAUGGAUUCAUUAAAGGAAAUGUGGACAGCACUUUGUAUACAAAAAUGGACAAUGAAAAUUUAUUGGCUGUUGAAAUAUAUGUUGAUGAUAUUAUUUUUGGUUCUACUAAUGAUCAUUUAGCACAAACUUUUUCAGGAAUCAUGGAGUCAGAAUUUGAAAUGUCUAUGUUAGGACCUUUGACAUUUUUCUUGGGAAUUCAAGUCUCUCAGCUUGAACAUGUUGGUACACCAAUGGAAACUGGAUGUAAGUUGAUGAAAAUUGAUGAAUCUCCUCUUGUUGAUCAAAGAGAGUAUCGAUCUAUGAUAGGAAGUCUUUUAUAUCUUACUGCUUGUAGACCAGAUAUAAUGUACUCUGUAUGUCAAGUUGCUAGAUAUCAAGCAGCUCCUCGUCAAUCUCAUCUCAAUGUUGUUCACCGUAUCUUUAAAUAUUUACAAGGUACUUUGGAUUAUGGUUUGUGGUAUCCAAAAAAUGAUGAUUUUGCUCUCAUUGGUUAUACAGAUGCUAAUUGGGGUGGAUGUAAAGAUGAUCAACGAAGUACUAGUGGUGCUGCAUUUUUCUUAGGUGAUCGGUUAGUUGCUUGGCACAGUAAAAAACAAGAUUGUGUCACUCUUUCUACUGCUGAGUCUGAAGUUAUUGCUGCAACGACAUGUUGUACUCAGUUAAUUUGGAUGUCUUAUCAGCUUUCAGAUUUGGGUAUUCAUUAUAUUCGCGAACAUGUGUCAUCCAAUGAGGUCAUUCUUAUUCAUGUACCUUCUAAAUUACAAGUUGCUGAUAUUUUUACCAAAGCUCUUCCUAGAGAAUUGUUCAGUGGUGUUUUGAGUGGGUUCAGUGGUGUUUUGAGUGGUGUUUUGAUUUGGUACAGGUUCAUACAGUUUCAGUUCAGUGGUGUUUUGAUUGGCACAGGUUCAUACAGGCUCAUUUGGCACAGGUUCACAGUUCAUUAUCUUAUUUAUGAUCAACGGUAUUUCAGUUCAUUUUAUGUAAUGGUGAAAAUUUUUGCAUCAAAAAUGGGGGAGAUUGUUAACUAUUUACAUUAUCUGUCAUCCGGCAAAUACGUGGCAUGCGUUGUUGGCAAAAUGUUACAUGUGGCAUUGACGUGA